AAUUUCGUUUAUAUUGUCGUGCGUUUCGGGUGAACACAUGUUAUUUGAAUAAAUUUUGUGAAUUCAGUUUGGAUUUUUAUUAAGUGGGUAUAGAAAUAGCUUAAGAUUCGUAUAUGAAUUAAUACAAUGGCAGGCGACACAGGCGAAGCACAGCUACAAGUACGAUUUAUAACUAAACAAGAGCAAUAUGCAGUUUCUGACAGUCCUUACGCCAUACAGAGUAAUGUACAAUCUGUAGAACUGAAUACGCUCCUCAAUGCGUUAUUAAAAGAAAACAGACCAUCCUUUGAAAAGAGUGUAGAAUUUGAUUUCUUAAUAUGUGGCGAAUUAUUAUGUACAUCAAUCGCGGAGCAUCUGCAAGAAAAGGGUCUAUCAACAGAAGACACACUAGAAAUAGAGUAUCUGGAAAGAUUUCCAGCUCCCAGCCCACAAGAUUGUUUAAUGCACGAUGAUUGGGUGUCAGCUGUCCAUACACAUGGUUCUUGGAUCUUAUCUGGGAGUUAUGAUAACAGCAUUCACAUAUGGAAUACCAAAGGGCAGCACAAACUUGCCAUUCCAGGUCACACAUCACCGGUAAAAGCAAUUUCAUGGGUAUCUUUCAAUGGAGAUCAAGCAAUCUUUGCGAGUGGUUCCCAUGAUCAAUCAGCUAUGUUAUGGGUAUGGAAUGUUUCUGGAAAUUCAGUGGAUUGUGUUGUGACUUGUCGAGGUCAUGAGAAGGGUGUGGAGUGUCUGGCUGUCUCGGCUGAUGCUAAAAGUUUUGCCACUGGUAGUUGGGACACAAACAUUUGCCUUUGGAGUACAAGUCUUUCCGAUGAGGAUAAUGUACCAGCAAAAAAGAAACAAAAACCAGAUCAAGGAAAUACAAGAGAACCCAUGGCAGUGUUGAAGGGCCAUAGAGAGGCAAUAUCAGGAGUGCAAUGGAUGGAUUUCAACACUGUUGUGUCCAGUGGUUGGGAUCACUUGCUGAAAAUAUGGGAUUGUGAACUUGGUGGGAUUAAGCAGGAUAUUGCUGGUAACAAAGCAUUCUUUGAUGUGGACUGGUCUCCACUAUCCAACAGCCUUAUAACAGCAUCAUCUGACAGGCACAUUCGUCUUUAUGACCCCAGAUCAACAGACAGUAUUGUAAAGACAACAUUUACAUCUCACACUGGAUGGGUGCAGUCAGUGAGGUGGUCGAAGACUCGAGACACAUUAUUCCUCUCCGCAGGCUAUGAUGGAUUUGUCAAAUUAUGGGAGACAAGAAGUCCGAAAACUCCGCUGUAUGAUCUAAGCGGACACGAAGAUAAAGUCCUGUGCUGUGAUUGGUCAAAUCCAACCUUCCUUGUGACUGGUUCUUGUGACAACACUCUAAGAAUAUUUAAGGCGAAACAUGCUACUGGUAAUGCAUGAAGUAAUGUUAUAUUUACAAUCUUUACACACAUUGGCUCCAAAUUUGAAUAAAUGUUGGUCCAAAAUGUAUUUGUAUAAUUAAAAAAAAAAAAACUUGAUUGUUCGUUUUUAAAUUUGUUAUAAAUUGUAUAUUUAAAUGGAAUGAGUUAUUUAAUAUAAAUUCAUAGUACUUAUAAAUUGAUUUGUACUUUGUUGUGCAAAAGAUAAAAUUUAUCUUAUAAUGUCAUAAAUACAGCAGUAACUAUGUCUGUCUGUCUGUUUGUUACCUUUCACGAUCAAGACACAGAACCAACAGUAAAUUCGCUGGACUGAUAUUAUCUCCAAAUAAGUUAAAUAAUAUUGGUCACUAGGGGCCAAGUUGGAAAACCAACUAAUGAGCAAUACAAUUUAGGAACAUUUGUAGCAUUUUUGCAAUGUUUGUAUACAUUUGUCAAUUAAUAUAGGGGACAAUGUUUGAGUAAUUGGUUGUAUAACUUAUAUUAAAGUUAUUUUAAUUUUCA